AUGGGUGCAUCACUGAGGAAGACUGAUGACGAUAAUUGUGAUUUUCCAGUUCAUUUAUCUGGAAGUAUGUAUGAUGGUCAAUAUCAAGCGCGUCUUUUACAAAAAGAAGGUAUUGCAUGUGAAUAUGAUGUUAUGUAUAUAACAAAAGUUGAAAUUCAAAAUGAAAAUCAAAUCGAGUAUGUUGUUCAAGCACCUGGUCAUAUUCGAAUUUUUGAUAGAAAGCUUUUACAAACAUUACCACAAGGUUCACCGUUUGAGAAUAAUCAACCGUAUGUCAAUGGUUUUAAAAUGAAACAAGAUGUUUAUUCCAUUAUACAAGAACAAAACAUACGUACAAUGGACAAAUCGACAAUAGCUAUGGAUCAAGCCAGUCUGUUUUUUCAAUUUUCUGAUGCCUACCCUUCAGCUGAUCCUGAUAUUCUUCAAAAACUUGAUAUAUUCAAACAAAAUUUAACUGAUAGACAAAAGCAAAUUGCUCAUGGUAAUAUCGAACAGUGUAUUCUCUAUCUCGUUGAUCUAUUUGGUCGAUGUACAAAAAGGAAUUAUUAUAAUAUAACAAAAGAUUUAUUUCAUGUUGAACUGCCCGAUUCAUAUUUUGAUAUUUCGUUUUCAAAAAGAAUGUCGCAGUUAAUUGAUUUAUAUAAAAUUCUCUAUUUGUCAUUAACUGGUGAGCCCAUACCGAGAAAUUUACGCGAAAAAUUUCAUCUUUUGUUACAAUUUUAUAAGAAAUAUCGCCAUAUGAUUAAUGAAGAUAUUCAUCAGGAAGCAUUAGAAAAAAAUCAGAAUUAUACAGAAAAAGAAGAUUGUGAUAUUGUUAUUUCAAUUAAACUAAAUUUUUGGCCACAAAUAAUUAGAUCAAGAAUUAAUUAUCUAAAACAUCAUAAACAUCAUAUAUACCAGCGAAUAAAACAUUCACAUGUAUUUGCAAUACCAAAAUGGUCUAAAUUAACAGCGGAAAUUGAAGCUCCCUAUGAAUUUCGUCUAUCGUUUUCUAUUAUGGAAGCAAUAUUGGCCAAAUCUCGGUCAGCCAAUCAAAAACUGCUGAAUAGAAUAGCUCGUACCAUUUAUUAUAAACAUCUAAAGAUGGAAACGAGUGAUAUUGAUAAACCAAAAAUUCCUUCAUAUUUUGUAAAAACAUGUGUUCUAUGGAUGUGUGAAAUAUUUGAUAUUGAACAGGACGAUCAACAACAACUUCCGAUAAAAUUCAUCGCAUAUGCUCGUCAAAAACUUGAAACUGGUAUAUGUCAACAUUAUUUCAUUGAAUAUGUAAAUAUCUUGGCUCCAUACAAUUUAGACACAAGAAAAGAAGCUUGUGAUAUAUUAGAAAAGAUUGACAUCGAGAAUUUGUUUUCUGAGGUAAGUAAAGAUAAAGUGUUGAAUCAUGAAAAGCUAUCAGAGAAUAUAGUCCGAUUUUCUUCGGAAAUGGUUGAAGAAUUUCAUGAAUUACAAUUAAAACAUUUUGAUGAACAAUGCCACAUUUAUUUACCAGAAAAAUAUGAUUUAUCAUUAAGACAAAUAUUUUAUAAUUUAUCAUUGAUAGAAGAAAAUAACACGAAAUGGUGGGAUAAUUGGACAAAUGUUUUUUUGUCGGCUGAUCAUAACGAAAAAGCCAUUGCUAAUCUAACUAAUCUGAAUGCUUUUGACAUAGUAUCUUGUUUUUUUAAUUUUACAUAUGCGAUACAACGUCGAUGGCCUGUAAUUAAAUACUUAUUAUUUGAAGAUAUUCAUAUGGAACAAUUUUUAAUGGAUAAACGACAAAAACUUGUUAGUAUUUCAUUAUUAUUCUUUGAACAACUUAUACAUGAUAUUUACCUUGAACGUUAUAGAACUGCUACACUCUCUGAUAUUUUACAACAAAAUCAAUAUAAACACAUUAUAAGUAAUUCAUUAGCUAUGUCAUCGAUACCUGUAGGUGAAAAUGAGAAAAUCACAAUACGUACUGAUCUAUUGUUAGAUGAAUUUUGGAACAGUAAACAAGCAAACUUUAUAAACGACAUAUUGACUGUAUCUGGUGUUGGUUAUUCGAUAGUAAAAUAUGUAUUUGCAAUAGAUGAACGUUUCGGACAAGACGAGCAGGAGCAACAGCGUAGAAGAAGUUCAGGUAUCAUGCCAUUAAUUAAAAUGAUAAGACUCUGGAAAAUGAUUCGAAGAAUGAAGCGAGAGAACACACUAUAG